AGCAAUCGUAAUCCUCGAUGAACAAGUCGAUUUGGAAACUUUUUCUUCUCUGCUUUUAAAACGACUUUCUCAUGCAAUCACUUAAAUGUUUAAAGCGCGCAAGCGUAGGCGGAAAGAGAAUUUAUUUCAUCGACUACUUUUUUUGCUGCAGACAGUCGUGAUUCAACUCGCAUAUAAGUUUCAUAUUAACGGUAGUAAUUCUGAUGAUAGAAGCAGUUCAAGAUUAAUUUUCCAGAGAAAAAUAAUUGCAAACCAUCUCCCAAACGUUUUUAAAAAUUAAAAAAAAUGCUGCGUAACGAAUAUUAUCAAGAUGAUAUUACAUUUAUCACGCAAUUGACGCGUAACGUUUUAAGCACACUUGGAGUCUGGCCGCCUUUGAACAGAAAAAGAACUAUCAUGGAAAAAAUUCACAAGUUUCUAUUAAUAUGUAUAACUUACGCUCUUCUUUAUUCCGUUCUGAUUCCCGGUUUUCUUUUUUGGUUCUUCGAAAAAAGAACACAUGUCAAAAUUCAGAUAUUUCCUCUACUUCUUUUCGGCUUUAUGACCGUAACUAAAUACGGUAAUUUAAUAUUCCGCGAAAGGCAAAUCAAACGCUGUUUAAAACACAUCGAAGAAGAUUGGAGAAAUGUUAUCAAUAUGAACGCACGAAAUAUGAUGAUUGAAUCCGCGAAAACUGCAAAACGCCUAGUUGCACUUUGCGGAGUUUUUAUGUAUAGCAGCGGACUCUCUUUUCGAUUGAUUCUACCAUUUGCUAAGGGAAAAAUAAUUAACGCGCAAAAUAUCACUAUUAGACCUUUACCAUGUCCAGGAUAUUUUUUCUCCUUCAAUUCACAAAUUACUCCUAAUUAUGAGAUGAUUUUUGCGAUACAGUUCUUAUCGGGUUUAGUUACAUAUUCAAUCACAACGGGCGCAUGUGGUCUGGCAGCUGUGUUCGUGAUGCAUGCUUGCGGUCAACUGAGGAUCUUGAUAGAAUUAAUGAGACAUCUCGUUAAAGAUCAGUGGCAAAAAAGAGAAGAUGCAAAUAAGAAACUAGCCGCAGUAGUGAAACAUCAAAUAAGAAUACGAUAUUUUUUGCAAUUAGUGGAACAUGCAAUGCAGCAAAUCUGUUUAAUAGAAUUAAUAGGGGGUACAACAAUUAUAUGCACUCUUGGAUAUUGCAUAAUAGUGGAAUGGGAAAAAAGUAAUACAAUAGCUACAUGUUCUUAUUUUAUGUCGGUUACAUGUAUGAUGAUAAAUAUGUUUCUGUUUUGUUACACCGGUGAACAGCUUACCACUCAGGCGGAGAAGGUGGCUAUCGCAUCGUGCGAACUUGAAUGGUAUCGUCUUCCGGACAAGAGUGCGCGUGGAAUUGUAUUAUUGAUGAUCAUAUCCAAUUUACCAACUAAAGUCACCGCUGGAAAAGUUAUGGACUUAUCAUUUAAAACAUAUGGUGAUGUUAUAAAAACAUCUGUGACAUAUUUUAAUAUGCUUCGAAAUGUAGUUGAUUGAAUAUUUU